AUGACGAACGUACCAAAUCCUGUACCAGACACAGGCCUUCCCCCUCCAAGUCCAAGCGGUAAUACAGUAUAUUUCACGCCGCCCCCAAUCACUGCGUCUUCUUCGGAAACUCGUCAGUCUCAGGAUUAUCACGCAGUGAUCAAGUCCACCAGCGCGACUUCUGUCUCAACCUUCAUCCCGUUGCCACCACUACUUACUCUUGAGCCGACACCACCCGCCGAAAAUGUGCAUGCUAUCGGGAUAACCUCUGCUCCUUCCCGCACGAGUUCAACUCAGUCUCAUGCGGUCCAAUCAAUACAAGUACAACGUCCCUCGCCAUCGCAACAUAUUUCAAAAACCGCAAUAAUUGCACUCUCUGUCGUCGGAGGUGUCGUGCUACUUGGAGUGUUCAUCGUAAUCAGGCUUUUGAGACGUCCUCGCCGCCGCAAGUGUCCAACACCCUCUCUCCCCAUCCUCCAGGACGGUGCCUUUCCAGAUCAGUUUGAGAGCGAAGGAUCCGGGUCCCCAGUUUUUGGAGGAAAGGAGCGAUUCUCGCCCUCACUGAGGAAUGCACGAGGAAACACGGGGCUCUGGACAUGGACUCAAUAUCACUCCGGACUGCCAAAGCCGGCGCCAACUGUCAUAGUGACAAAGUCGUCCUCAGGCACCCCUGUGAAAGGAUCAGGCAGUCAAGAGAACUUGCUCGCCGAGAAAAUGGUCUCUUUCGGUGGACAGGACCAAUACCCUUUCGCCGGUCAGGGCAACUUUGGACAAAGGACCCAGCCGCCUCUGCAGCCUAUCCAGAAUGCAAUCACCCGCGCAGUUUCUCGGCUCUCCACAGUUUCCAUGUCUCUUUACCCAAACUCGCCGGCCAACACCACCUAUGGUGCGACGAACGUGGGUAUAGCCAUCGAUGGCACAGCACCUCUAACAGGCGAUGGACAAACUAUGAGACGUGCCAAGGAUAGGGUUGCGGCAGCACGGGCGCGCAGUAGCAUGGUUUUUCCUCCUAACGCCCAGGACGCCUCCUCGCUGCGGCGCUCCCAGAGUUAUGCUUAUGGUGGAAUGGACGUCAGCACCCCAGCCUCACCUGGAUGCGGGAGGGACCCGCAGAAUGGGGGCCGUUCACGCAUCAAGUCAACAUACUACACACCUGGUUCAUAUCCUCGCACUUCCGCAGCUCCUUCUGCGUGGAUAAAAGACCGCGGACAGUAUGAUGGCCUCCACCCUGACCGCGCUCAUGAUUUGCAAUGUUCUGACUCUCGUCGUGGCCGUGAGACACAGGCACUGACCUGUGCUCUUGGCCUUGCUUCGCCUGUCCCAUCAUCCCCUCAUCCAACGCUGUAUCCAGACGACUCCAUGAGUGUAAUCGGAGAAGCAAAAAGGGUCAUCGUGACAGGCACCCGAAGCCAGAAGAAGCCAGUUCCGAAAGCUAUGAUCAAUUAUGACAAGAUGUUAUCUCCGCCCGCUGACUCUGCGGCUCUCGGAAGUUUGAUGAUGGUGGAUUUCGCGGCAUCAAAGUCGACUGCAUCACUGGUAAACAUACGUCCUUCCGGGGGGUCCGGUCAACCGAAGACGAACAUGAAGAAGAGAGUGGAGGACAAGCCGCCCCGUGUUCCCUCUCCUCCACCAUUGCCAUCACUCGCGCAGAUGGCGCUUGCUCACGCGAACCCGGAAGCGUAUGCUGACUAUCACAGUCCGACAUACAGCAUCUAUGGAUUGUAUGACGGAGACAGGAAAAGUCGGGGAACUUCAUUCGGAUACUGA